AACAUUGAAACAGCGCCAUUUUGGCUCAAAUAGGCUCAGAGUUCAGUGCUUGUCAGAACACGGAACGGUUUGUAUUCAACAUCAGAAAAUUAAAUUGCAAUGAAAUUAACGCAAAAGCAACGUUUCUUUAUUUAAAAACUUAGCUCGAAAUGCAGUUUUGAAGGAUGCUGCUAGUGUAACAAUGCUGCGUUAGGAUUGUGCAUCAGAUACAGUGUUUACACUCUGGCCGUACUGACAUUUACAUGCUGACAUUAGUGCAGUAAACGCUUUAUUAGUAUGGAUGUGUCGAGCCCACUUGUUGCCGCCGGCUCGGAUGGCGACCGGUCCAGUUCGGAGGGAGAGUACACGGUAGCGAACGGACCCGCGGUGAGAGACGGCGAGAAACGGGAGGAGGAGACGCCGAUAGAGGCUGCAGGUGCGGUCGGGUUCAGUAUCUCGCGCCUGGACACGCUGAGCGCGCUGAGACUCAGCCGAACCCGACCGUCAGCGGACACCGAGCUCCGGUACCUGCACUUGUUAUGGCAGCCCGGGGAGCUGCUGCAGGCGGGACGGAGCUCCCCGGGCAAGAUCACAUCGAGCAGGGUGAGGCGGCUGGGAAGAGCCCGGAGGAACAUGGGGCCCAUUGGAAAAGACCUGUAUGCUGUGAAGAGGCUCAGAGAAGCUGCCAACUCCAAUGAUAUUGACACAGUUCGUAGAUUGCUGGAAGAGGAUACCGAUCCUUGUGCUGCUGAUGACAAGGGCAGGACAGCCUUACACUUCUCUUCCUGCAAUGGCAACGAGAGUAUCGUUCAGUUGUUGCUGAGUUAUGGUGCUGACCCAAACCAGAGAGACAGCCUGGGAAAUACACCACUGCAUCUGGCUGCCUGCACCAACCAUGUGCCUGUCAUCACAACCUUACUGCGGGGAGGUGCCCGUGUUGAUGCUCUGGACCGUGCUGGAAGGACUCCUCUUCAUCUUGCCCGUUCAAAGCUCAACAUCUUACAAGAGGGAGACUCACGUAGCCUAGAAACCCUCAGAGGAGAGGUCACACAGAUUAUUCAAAUGCUGCGGGAAUAUCUGAACGUAAUGGGACAGAGUGAAGAGAGAGAGAAACUGGAGCACAUCUCAAACCAGCUGCAGAACACCCGCACCAGAGAACAGGUGGACGAGGUGACGGAUUUACUGGCCAGCUUCACGUCUCUCAGUAUUCAGAUGCAGAAUAUAGGAGACAGGUAGAGAUGGAUGGAAGAAAAGACAUGGGAGGAUGAGACAACUGUGGGUUUUAUUGGGAAAUCAGGAGAAAU